AUCAUCCAGCACAGUCCGGGUCCAGCUACACACCAGUGUGGCAGCCACGAGCUUCGAGUUUCGAGUGGAGCAGUUUCACUCUCCUGCGAUCGCCGCACGUGAACGGUAACGGCAACCCCCACCGGACCGAGUGAAGCUUUCAAGAAACAGCAGCAGCAGCAGCAGCAGCAUAUCAGCGAUCAAGGUGGCACAAGUAGACCUCCCCGCGUUUGCAUACGAGAUCGCGACCGCGUGUGUUUUGCCAUUUCCCCGCAUCCUAUUAUCACUCCCCCUUCGUGCCUCCCUUCUCGCCCUCCAUUUUCUCGCUUUCGCGGUCCGCGCGGUGCCGUUUGGGACAAAACCGGGGCUCUUGGGCGAUUUUUUUCGAGGUCGAUCUUCGGCUUCACGGCCACGGCGCGAUAAAGAAAGUGCAAGAUAACAUCGUGCGUGCUCGUGUGCGUGCGUGCGUGCGUGCGUGUGUGUGUGUGCGCGCGCAAGUAUACGUUAAAAGGAAGGGUGGAAGUGUGGGAAGCGGAGGAGCGGAAGUUCGGGAAAACGCUGGCUGGCUUGGCCUGCGCGCCGCGAGCCCAGCGAGUAGCGAGCCGCGAGUAGGAGAAAUAGCAGGCGGCAAAAGGCGUGUUCGAAAAGAAACCUCGAAUUAAUUGCGCUAGAGCGCUAGGGCAGUGGCCAGGGCCAACGCGGGCAGAGGUAGGCACCAGUCAGCUGCAGUUGCGGUGAUGCUGUUAGCUUCUCCCUUAGCAACCAAUUUCUCCAGCGCUAGCUCGCUCGCUCGCUCGCUUCACCUGCAAACGGCCUUUUGGGGGGCGAAAGAGUGGCGCUCGUGGCGGUGACGAUUCGCCGCUGACGACAUCCCCAGGACACUCCGGGUUGCAGUCCGAGAACACGACUGUGGCUUGUGUUUGGCCGCGGUCCGUCCGUCUGUAGGUCGGGUAGUAAUCGGUGUAGUGCGAAGUAUAGCAGUGAACGAGAGCUAAAAGAGUUAGCCAUCACAACGGCCCUCCUCAACCUCGCUAUAAUCAUCAUCAUCAUCAUCAUCAUCACCCACCGAGAUCAACCGCAACGUGAUCAACCGAGCAGCAAUAAUUUGGCGUAGCGUGUUGCCGUUGUCUGUGAGGAGUGCGUCGUGUGCAGCAGAGAGAGAGAGAGAGAGAGAGAGAGAGAGAGAGGAAAGAAGGAACAGAUUCAGUUGGAGUCCAGGGGAGUACUGGCCUGGGACGGCUACUACUUGCUGCAGACUUGCAGACUGCAGAUGCAGGCACUGGACGCCCACCACCAUUGACCACGAGAACGAUGCGGAUCAACAUGCUUGAGAAGCCUAGUACAAAGUACCCGGAAUCGGACGAUUGUGACUCGCUACCACCACCGCCACCACCGGACGAUGAUUCCUAUUUCGACGAUGACGACGACGAUCGGCUGCCGCCACCGGCGGCCGCCGGUGGCCACCACUACCACCAUCAUCACCACCACAGCAACAACAGCAACAACAACAACAGCCAGCAUCCACAGCAGCAGCAGCAGCAGCAAUCCCAUCUGAUGCACCAUGGUGGUGGUGGUGGUGGUGGUGGUAUGCAUUUGCCGGCGUUACGGACGGACCAUAGUGUCGGUUCCGAUCUAACGGCCAGCCCCAAGAAGGACCGCAAACUGCGCCACUCCAACUCGAGCAGCUCGCACGCAACCCCCGGCCACAACAACAACAACAACAACAACAGUACGGCGGUGGCGGGAGGUGGGGUGGACCACCAUGGAGGUGGUCAGGUCACGUCCAAGCAUGGUGGAAAGCUGCCGCACCAUCAUCACCAUCACCAUCACCAUCAUCACCUGCGGAGCAACAACGGUGACCACCGUGGUGGUGGUGGUGGUGGUGGUGGUACCGGGGUGCCCGGUAGUGGAAACGCACCGGGUGCUGGCGGACUGCAGCUGAAGAGUAGCCGCGCGGAGUCGGUCCUGUCGAGCGAUUCCGACAUCCGCUUCACGCGCCGCAAGCUCGGCGACAACCAGAAGUGUGGCUGCGCCCUGAUCGCCGGCUUCCUGCUCAUCCUGCUCUGUGCCGGUGCCAUCGUCUACGUUGGAUAUACGUACCUGCGACCGGAACCGCUGCCGGAUCGGAUAUUCCGCGCCCGGUUACGCGUGAUCGAGGGUGACCGGUGGACGCCGGAGCUGGCCGACCAGAAGACGCUCCGGUUCCAGCACCGGGCCCGGGACUACCGGGAGCGCAUCAAUCUGAUCAUGCGCCGCUCGGACCUGCGGGAACCGUUCGAGGGCAGCGAGAUACUGGCACUGGACGGCAAUGACGAACCGGGGGAUCUGACGCUCCAUUUUGCGCUCUACUUCGAUCCGUACGCCGAGCUCGUGUCGGCGGCCGAUCUGCACGCGAUCCUGAUGGAGGAGAUCAGCGGGCAGGAGCGGAAGUACUUCCGGAAUCUCACCAUCGACCCGACCAGCCUGGUCAUCAAGGAGGUGUCGGGCACGGAGGACGACCUGGUCGGUACGUCCGCCUCGU